AUGUUUCGCCUGCGUAUCGGUUUUUUGUGCCUCGUCGUAGCAUCCUGCAUCCUUUUCGGAGUGUCCCACUCCACCAACGAGUCCGUUUGUGUCCUGAGCGAUGCGCCGCAGCAAUGUGGCGCCUUCUGCCUGGCAGCAUUGUAUCCACUGUACGAUCAGUACGCCAAGUCCAGGCAACAGGAGCACAGCCAAGAGGCAAUGGUGAAGCUGAUAGCGGAUUUUCGGGCUGAGCAGAAGGAGCUGUUGAAUGUCCUUGCGGCGAAUCUAACUUCCACCGCGAGCAGACUUGAAUCCACCUUGCAGAGCAGGCCAGUUACAGAGCCGCCUGGGUUCCAGAAGAUUGGAUCCAGAUACUUUUUCAUAGAAUAUAGUGAGAGGAAAAGCUGGACUGAUGCCAAUAAAACCUGUCGCGAAAAGGGCGGUCACCUAGCAGCCUUCCAAACCGAAGACGAGUUUGAAGCCGUCACAAGAAUCGUCAAUAAAUACCAUACCUCCUUCUGGCUGGGUUACCAUCGAAAUAGUAAGGACGAAUUCGUGACGGCCACCGGAAAUAAAGGAUCGUUUAUGAAGUGGGAUUCAGGACAACCCGACAACAUUGGUGGCAAGCAGAACUGCGUUUACCUGUCCAAUUCACGCAUGUAUGAUUUGAAUUGCGAAGAUACCUAUUCCUUCAUUUGCCAGUUGGACACGGUUUAAGAAAGAUAAAGAUAAUACGUAAAUAUCUAUACAUACUUAUGUGCCAAAUGCUCUGCGAAUGUGUCCGCAGA